AUGUUGUCAAUGUCGGAGUUAGCUGUACACGAAUUCAUCAUGUCAAAAUUCUAUUUGAUGGUUCUGAUGGUUUCUUUUCUUUCUACAUUUAUUUGCCAGGAUGUUUUCCCUAGAUCUAGACCUACAUAUCGAUCACAAGUAAGCUCAACAAUAAUCUGUCCACCAAGAAAUGAUUUCUAUGCCAUUUCGUACAAAUGCGGCGUGAGCUGUGCUGCCAAUGAAGAAUGUAUUAGCGGUGAAAUGUGUCUGUGUGAUGGAUUUUGUGGAUUGAGUUGCUUACCUACAGGUGGCUGGCCAAUAUGUCCGCUUCUACAACAUCCUGUGAAUGGAAAUAUUGAACUUGUUUUACCUGAAGAGAAUGAAUAUGGUGUACACGUUAUAUUUUCAUGUGAUAACACGUAUAUCAUGGUACCUGGUCAAUCGAAAUUGACAUGUAUGAGUGGAAAUGGCUGGAGCGGUGAAGCCCCGCGAUGUCUAGCUGAAGACACACUUCCAUAUGUAUGUGACAAAUCUUUGCUAAACAAGUCUGAACAUGACAUUGUUAAACUUGUUGGUGAAAAUGUAGGUUACGUCAGUGUCAAUACACGUGUUAAAUAUGAGUGCAGCGAAGGUUAUUAUUUUAUCACUGAAGAUUACUAUGCAACUUGCCUGGCAGAUGGUACAUGGUUAUUUCCACAAAACGCAUGUUGGAAGGUGUCAUGUGCUAGUCCAGACGUACCAGAAACCGGGAUACUGGAAGUAGACGAUUUCUUUUAUGGUUCUAUCAUCAAUAUUCAUUGCAAAGCUGGCUACAUAAUAUCAGAACCGUAUACAGCGAUAUGCCAGUCCAAUGGGCAGUGGGAUACAGAAACACUGCCAACUUGUUCAG